AGGUAGCUCCAUUCCUACUUAUCUUCAAUAAGUAGGGCAGUGUCAUUUAGAGGCAGGGAAUUCUUCUAUUAUCUCACAGAAAAUUGGGUCUCCUGUGAGGAGUUCACAUGUGAAGUUCCCAUUAAUAUGAUGGAGGAACUCGACUUGCCAGGCGAUACCUGAUCGACUGCUAUGUCGCAAAAAUUUUGGUUUCAGAGUGCACAUAUUGGCUUUCCAAACAUAAGAAGCCAUUGGAGAGUGCCGAUGGCUUAACCUCAGUACCCAACCAGGAAGCUUUUGAUGGAAGACAAUACUGACAGUUCUCUCUUCUUCUCACGCAUGGCAAAAUGAUCACGAAUUUGAAUUAUCACCUCUUCUGCUAUCUCUACUUGCUUCAUGGGGAUCUCAAAGACAACCAACUUCACCGCCAGGAGGGAAAGAGAACCAUCUAGCACCGCCGAGCAUGCGCUAGUGUCUUGAAGAUAUGCAAACCACCCAACCUAGAGAGACAACUAUGAGCACAAAAAACUAUACCAGCAAGAACUUGGUCUCUUUGACUUAUUAAAGUAACAAUAGGAGAGAAGAUCUGGGCCAUGAGGCAAAAAAUGCCUUCGCCUGCACUAAAGGACAAGACAAAUAAACAGGCAAUUGAGAGAGGACAGACUAAAAAGAAGGUGAGAGACCGAUCUUUGGACAUUUUAUGCAACAUCCCCACUUCCUCUAACCUUACCGAAUGCCCAUUUUGAAUAGAGUUGGAGUUGGAACUUGGGAGUGUGAUUGCCAGCUGGCUCACGUGCCAUUAUUGGUCCUAUGGUUGUUUUGAAUCUAUAUUACACCUCCAAACUUUGAAUUUUUUCCCCUUUCUAUCCUCAACCCAAUAUCUUAGAUCUGACAUAUGAAGACUGGCUAAAGGAGUGUGAUUCCCACGUCUUCACCAUUCAUUUCCUUGAUAUAUGUACUUCACACUAUUUAAGGUUUUGACCAUCAAAAGGAGCAGCAUAUUAGCUUAACCGGGAAGAGGGGCAAUCGAGAGAACUCAUCCUCUUCAUCAGCUUGUUCUUUUCUAUCUACGGAUAUUGGAUCAACUAGAUUUCACCCGUGUCCUGCUUUGCUCCUAAAUUUGAAAGAGAAAACUUGACUUCAGAGCAGGCGAAAUGGCCAAUCUUAGAAGUCCUAAAGUCCUGGUCCUGUAUGCUUUUCAGUUAUUUGUGUUGGUGCAAAUCCAGGUCUCCUGCUAUCAGUUCAAGGUUGGAGAUUUAGAUGCUUGGGGUAUUCCCACUUCUGCAAAUCCACAAGUCUACUCUUUUUGGUCCAAAUACCACACCUUCCAGAUUGGAGAUUCUCUCUUGUUCUUGUACCCACCAAGUCAAGAUUCCGUGAUUCAAGUCACAGAACAAAACUACAUCUCCUGCAACCUGACAGCCCCACUCUUAUAUAUGAAAAAUGGCAACUCUUUAUUUAACAUCACUACACACGGGGUGUUCUACUUCACCAGUGGGAUUCCAGGGCACUGUGAAAAGAAGCAGAAGCUACGAAUAUCUGUGCUCUCUGGGAAUGGUUCAGCUUACUCUCCCUCUUAUGGUCCUAGUGCAUUGCCAGACAGUGCAGCACCCUCUUACCCUACUGUAUUUGGGACGAUGCCAUUGCCACCUUCUUCUUCACCAGCAAACAGAUUUUCCAUCUUGUUAUCUGCUGUUAUUGGCGCAGGUAUUUCUGCAGUCAUCAAUGCCAUCGUGUGAGAGACAUAAUUACCAGGACCCAAAGAAGGAUCGAUGCUUAAUUGGUUUUCAUGUUCAGCAUAUUGAUUCAUAUAUAAAAUUUUGGUUUUGACAUUCUUUUCAGUGAUUCAAGAGAGAAUAAAAUGGUGGUUCACUUCUGUUGUUGCUUGUUUGAGCUUCGCAUUGAGAGAGGGGAGGGGAUCUGCGAUAUUGUACAAGUGAAAAAGAAGCCUUUAGCAGUUAGUCCAAUAAAAAGAUGCCAAUAGACAGCCAUCUCCACGGACAAAAAGAUGAAAUUUAUUGGCUUGAAGAGACACUAUCCCAGUUGGUGUUUUGGGUUGAUUUACCGUCAGCCAGCUACUCAUGAGCUUUGUACCGACAGCCGACAGUCCCCUCUUCUUCUUCUUCUUCUUGUCGUCGUCGUCUGUCUUUCUCCCUUUUUACGAGGAUUGAGAUGCUUUUAUUUUAUUUUAUUAUUAUUAUAAAUUCCUUCUUUCCCUACUUUGGGUACGCUUUCACCACCAAAUUAUUGUGGUAAUAUGGCAGGCAGCAAUCAACUUUUUGCUUCACUAUCAUAUAUGGAUGCGAUAUUCUGAGACCAA